CCUCACAGAGCGGUGAGGUGGUCGCUCAAUUUCAUCGACACUAUCACUCACCCCAAGGCUCAGGCUCUCAUUUCCCCCCAAUUCCCAAUCUCCGGCCACCGGUUCCCGUUUCCUCCGAAGAUGAAUUCGAUGCUCAGAUCCGCCAGAACCCUGGCCACCACGGCCUCCCGAUCUUCCGUCCUCCGCCGCGGCUACUCUUCGGAGUCCGUUCCCGACCGCAAGGUCGCCAUCCUCGGCGCAGCUGGAGGUAUCGGCCAGCCGCUCUCCCUGCUCAUGAAGCUCAACCCUCUCGUCUCCAACCUCGCCCUUUACGAUAUCGCCAAUACCCCCGGUGUCGCCGCAGAUGUCAGCCACAUCAACACCAGAUCUGAGGUUACAGGAUACUUCGGUGAUGACCAACUAGGGAAGGCCUUGGAGGGAGCAGAUGUUGUGAUCAUUCCAGCUGGGGUGCCAAGGAAGCCUGGAAUGACACGUGACGAUCUGUUUAACAUUAACGCUGGGAUUGUGAAGGGUCUUUGUUUAGCAAUUGCUAAGUACUGCCCACAUGCCCUCGUAAAUAUGAUCAGCAACCCAGUGAACUCAACAGUUCCAAUCGCUGCUGAGGUUUUCAAGAAAGCAGGAACCUAUGACGAGAAAAGGUUGUUUGGGGUUACUACUCUUGAUGUGGUCAGGGCCAAGACUUUCUAUGCUGGGAAGGCCAAAGUCCCUGUUGCAGGGGUUAACGUUCCAGUUGUUGGUGGACAUGCCGGUGUUACCAUUCUCCCAUUGUUUUCACAGGCUACCCCAAACGCCAACGUGUCAGAAGAGGAAAUCGUUGCUCUUACCAAGAGAACACAAGAUGGUGGCACGGAAGUUGUGGAAGCUAAGGCUGGAAAAGGUUCCGCUACUUUGUCUAUGGCUUAUGCUGGUGCCCUUUUCGCUGAUGCAUGCUUGAAGGGGCUCAAUGGCGUUCCUGAUGUGGUUGAAUGUACAUUUGUUCAAUCAAAUGUCACGGACCUUCCCUUCUUUGCUUCCAAGGUGACAAAAUAACAGUGUUGGCUAGUUAGUCUCUGAAUUUAUUUCACGGCGAUUUUACUGCUAGUUAGUAAUUGAACGGAUCUUUAUGAUGUAUCUUUGCAGGUAAGACUUGGAAAGAACGGUGUUGAUGAAGUCCUUGGAUUGGGACCUUUGUCCGACUUCGAGAAAGAAGGGUUGGAAAAGCUGAAGCCGGAGCUGCUUUCCUCCAUCGAGAAGGGCGUCAACUUUGCCAACAAGUAAAAUGGGAUUAGCUCAAUGCUCGACAGUUUGCACGCAGGCAAGAGAAGUUUGCAGAAUCAAGAUUUUGUGUCCGUCUUUCAGCAUUCGUUGUAGCAGCCAACAGCAUUGGCUCGAGAUCUCUUUUUGUUCAGAAGAGUUGAUGAAACCUUUAAAAGCGAACAGUCUCUGACAAAUAAUCCCAGUUGUGUAGGGAAACAAAUAUUGUUGCUGGCUUUUGUUCUACAUGCCAAAAUUGGAAGUUGAUUCUCCCACAUUCUGUUGGUGGUUUAAACUGGGAAUGGUUCUGCAAACAUGCUCGGACUUGCAUUUGGAGCCCUGAAAAGCCUGUUACUUUGGACUUUGGAGUAUAUUUGGAUAGAGCUAUC